AUGAGCUUCUCAGGAGAGAUGAAAAGUAGGACUGUCAUUUUAGAGAGAAAACAAGCUGAAUAUAAUGCAGAAGUACCUAUCAAGAAGCAGUUUCCCCAUGCAAGAAGGUUCAUCAACCUUGGCAGAGGCUUUGAUCCAUUUGCAACUACACUGCCUUCAUAUCAACACUGGGGUCAUGAUGGGGUUUCUGAGCAAGAGCAACCGUUCCAGCUGCUGGCUUCACAACGGAUGCAUAAUAUGCUCACAUCAGUUGAAGUCAGCUCUCCACUGCCAUUGGCGCUACAAUCAACAACCCCAAUAGACUUAAGAACCGACCUGCGGAUUGCAAUGCCUGUGGUGGACCCGGCUGCCAGGGAGACCCAGCUGCAGCAAGAACUGCUCCUUCUACAGCAUCAACACCAACUUCAGAAACAGCUUCUCUUUGCUGAGUUCCAGAAACAGCAUGAAACCCUCACCAGGCAACACCAAGUCCAGCUUCAAGAGCACCUCAAGCAACAACAGGAAUUGCUAGCCAUACAGCAUCAGCAGGAGAUUGUGGAGCAGGAACGCAAACUGGAGAAACAGCGGCAGCAGCAAGAGCUCGGGAGGCAGCUACAUGAGCAGCAUCUUCUGUCACUUCGAAACAAAGAAAGGAGCAAAGAAAGUGCAACGGCCAGUACGGAGGUGAAACAGAAGCUACAGGAGUUCCUGUUGAGCAAGUCAGCCAAAGAGACUCCAGUGAGUGGACAGAGUCAUUCUGUCUCACAGCACCCCAAGCUCUGGUACCUGGGAGCCCACCAUACUUCACUGGACCAGAGUCCAUCACCGCAGAGUAUAACAUCUCCAUCUUACAAACGACUGUUACCGGAGAUACAGAGCAUAAAGGAUGAUUUCCCCUUACGAAAAACUGCCUCAGAGCCAAACUUGAAGGUGCGUUCCAGGUUAAAACAGAAAGUGACAGAGAGGAGGAGUAGUCCAUUAUUGCGCAGAAAAGAUGGUACCAUUAUCAGCAUCUUCAAGAAGAGAACACUUGAGAGAACAGAUUCCUCAGUGUGCAGCAGUGCUCCAGGAUCUGGUCCAAGCUCUCCCAACAGUAAUUCCAGUGGCAUGUCGGUGGAGAAUGGAUUAUCAAUUUCACCUGCUGAGGUCUCAACAGCAAGCCAAAAUUCUGACAGGCACACCAUUCAGGGAACAGCUCUUACAGGACAGUUCAGACGAAGCACUCCUAUAUCUGCCUUCUCACCACCUGCUCCUUUUGAUGGGAAGGUUAACAGCUCCCAUCAAGUUCUGCUACAACAUGUAUUUCUGAUGGAACAAGCUCGAAAACAGAGUCCGCUCACAGGUGGUGUGGUUCCCCUUCAUGCUCACUCUGCAUUGAGAGUAACGGGUGAGAAGCUGUCACCAACCCUUAGAUCUGCAAACAAGCUGCCACGCCAUAGACCACUAAAUCGAACAUACUCUGCUCCACUCCCGCAAAACACACAAGCUUUGGCACAGCUUGUUGUUCAGCAGCAACAUCAACAGCUCUUGGAAAAGCAGAAGCAAUAUCAGCAGCAGACACUUUCCAAACCCCAUGUGCAGCUUCAAAAGCCGGAAAAGCACUCAGAGGAGACGGAGGAAGAAUGCAGCCAACAGCAAGUCAUACAGGAGGGUGAGGGGCCUCCCUGUGGUAGCAACAGGAGCAACAGCAAUAGUGUCAAUCAGAGAGCAGCAACAUAUACUGCACAGGUGAAAAUGGAGCCGUCAGACAACAGUGAUAAGAUACAACUAAGGCAGAAUGAUCCUGUGGAACAGAGCACAGUUUUUCACCAGCUCCUGGAUCAUCAGCGUGCCCACCAGCUUGGAGCAUACCAAACUGAGAUGGCUAUGGUUGGCAUGACAGGAUCAGAGAAGCACAGGCCUGUUUCCAGAACACAGUCUUCACCAUCUUCUUCUACAUUACCACAUCCCUCCAUGGACCAUCCUAUAAGACGUGUCCAUUCCACUGGUAUAUUUAAAUACCAGCAUUCAUACACCAAUGCUGCCUUUCCAAUUGGAAAUCAUAGUAUGAAUUUGGGAUUUGGGUUGGGGUGAAGAGGAAGGAAGACAAACCACAAACGUACCCACAGAAUUUGAUGCAUUUUAUUAAUCAAGGCAAUGAUUAAGUAAAAUCUUUAAUUGCAUAUAUUCACAGCCAUUUUAAGUCUAUGUUAAAUGUUAAAACAGAAAGGUUGUAUUAUUUUAAGAUGUAUUUUUUCUUAAUGUUGCUUCUAAAACAGUUAUUGGACAUCAGCUUCAAAGUUCUAAUUACAAGUGAAGUAUGUUUUAGCAAUAUUGUUGCAGAAGUCGGAAGGCCAUUAAAAUGUAUUGAUGUGUUGAAUAAUAAAAAAAAAUAAAACAUACACUUUCUUUCUUUCUGUGUUAUGUCCAGAAUGUUUAAACUGGCAUUCAAGAUGCACUUUAAUGAUCUUCAAGUGAACUUGAUUGUUGAAAAAUUCAAAAAAUAAAAUACUGCUUGUG